GAGGGGUCCGAACCCGGUAAAUGUGCCCCCACCACAUCGCCGCAGCGUCACCAGCCACAGUGGCGCGGCGGCGGCACCACAGCUUUCCUUCGUUCUGAAGGAGGAAGCGCUUCACCCCUGGACCUGGGUCCGUCGAGAAGAUGGUGGCCUCCCCACAGACGUGACCCUACAAUCUCCUUGUCAAAUAGCAACGGGGACCGUGAAAAAUUGGAGGAAAAUAUGGAGCACACCGACUGAGUUCUUCAUUCGUCGAUGAAAGGCUCGGCUUCGCUGGUUUUAUGAGCGGAGAUGAGUUUCAGGUUUUCGCCUAAGAGGGGAAGGCCGAGGGAGCCCGUGGACGCAGCACCGGCAGCAUCCCGUCGCUGAGAGUUGGUGUUUGCUGGAAUGCUUCAGAGGUAUCGUUGGGUAGGAUUGCUACUUUUUUCCGGCUCAACGCAUUGCUUUGCCUCAUCACAUUUGACAACAUUGGGUUGAAGUGUGCAUAGAGUUUCCUCCAUGGAUUCCAGAAGGGUUUCACGGGCUGUGAUCGACCCAAAGGUGCGGCAGGUUGGGUUUGUGACAACUUCCGAACAGAUGCGCUCACCCUUAGAUGCUGCUGGAACAGAGGAAGACCCCCCUUUGAUCAGUGAUAUGUCGCCGGUUGGGAAUUCACUUUCUCCUGUGAUGAUUCCACCUCCUCGUCACCUGGUGGAAGCAAUGCGGGCAGCCCCUGUUCCGGUCCCAUCCUCUUGUCUCCAGAGGCUGAGCAGCAAUGCCUCUGUGGGAAGCUACAAUCCAUCAGACUGUGCUUUAGGUACAUCACCAGGGCCUUCUCCGUCGAGCAAGAAUGAGAGUGUUACUUCCCUGGACUUCUCUGAGUCACCUCGUUGGGUCUCUAGAACGGUGUCUGCUAGUGUUGGUGGGGCUGGGAAGACGGAAGAUUUCGUUCAGCGUUCCGCUUCUCUUCCGACAUCUGGGUUCCCUGAACAAAGAAAUUUGGCUACUGUUUCGUCGGUGAAGACAUCUUCAGAAGUGGUUACUGGAGACCCAAAAGAAUCAGAAAGAGGCAAUGCUACAUAUUUGAAGCCUCUAAAAGAGAAGACUUCUAAAGCAGAGAGACGUGCACUUCAGGAGGCCCAACGAGCAGCAAAGGCUGCGGCAAAAGAGACAGGUGGAAGCAAAGCAAGUGGUGUGACAUCUACAGGCGCAAAACCAUCUAAGGAUGGUAAACCACCACCACCCUCAAAAAAGAAAGAUGGAACAUCUAUAGGAGGUGCUGCUGCAUUCUCAGAUAAAAAGACUCCUGACCGGCUCCCUGAGAAGGAGAAAAAGAAGGAUGUUCCUCCCCCAAGGAUGCAGUUUGAUGAUACACAACGGGUUGAAAAGGCAAAAAAACGUGCACUAGUGAAACAGACAGAAAGUAGAAACCGAGUCGAGUUGUUUAGACAUCUACCUCAAUAUGUCCAUGGAACUCUGCUUCCUGACCUUGAAUCCAAAUUCUUUCACUCUGAUCAUGGCCAUCAAAUGCAUCCUCACCCUGCAGUGUACAAGGUAGGUUUGCAAUAUCUGUCUGGUGAUAUUGUCGGUGGUAAUGCACGUUGUGUAGCAAUGCUUUUAGCAUUUCAGGAAGCCAUCAAGGACUAUAAAACACCACCAGAGAAAGCAUUGGUGCGAGAUUUGACUGCCAAAAUCAACAGCUAUAUUAGUUUUCUCAUAUCUUGUAGGCCACUUUCAAUCAGCAUGGGGAAUGCCAUUAGGUUUCUCAAAGAUCGCAUAUCUAAGCUGUCAUUGGCGCUAACGGAAUCAGAAGCAAAAUCUACACUGCAGUCAGAUAUUGACCGUUUCAUUAAUGAAAAAAUAGUGCUUGCUGAUAAGGUGAUUGUUGGGCAUGCAGUAACCAAGAUCAGGGAUGGAGACGUCUUACUAACAUAUGGCUCAGCCUGUGUGGUUGAAAUGAUAAUAGAAUAUGCUCAUGAACUUGGUAAAAAAUUUCGUGUUGUAGUAGUGGAUUCACGUCCGAAGCAUGAAGGUCAGAAAUUACUUAGACGUCUGUUGGCAAAGGGUAUCAGCUGUACCUAUACCCAUAUAAAUGCAAUUUCUUAUGUUAUGCAUGAAGUAACGAGGGUCUUUCUAGGAGCUGCUUCAGUGUUGUCAAAUGGAAUUGUUUACUCGAGGGUUGGAACAGCAUGUGUUGCCAUGGUGGCUCAUGCUUUUCGAGUUCCUGUGUUGAUAUGUUGUGAAGCUUAUAAGUUCCAUGAAAGGGUCCAGCUUGACUCUAUAUGCUCUAAUGAACUUGGGGAUCCAGAUGCAAUCUCAAAAGUUUCUGGAAGAAAGGAGUUGAACCAUUUGGACAACUGGGCUGAUAAGGAAAAUUUGCAUCUCCUGAAUCUGAUUUAUGAUGCAACCCCUGCAGAUUAUGUGUCAAUGAUAAUCACUGACUAUGGAAUGAUUCCACCAACUAGUGUCCCAGUCAUUGUCAGAGAGUAUGGUGGAUCACGUUCUUUGAUAUAGAGAUGCAUCAACUGAAAAAAGUGAGGUCGAAGAUGUGGUAAUUCAAUCUGCAUGUCUUCUUCAGCAUCAACAGGCUUUUUAGAACUGGAGAACCAAGCUCUCAUGUGGAGAGGCCAGAUACUUUUAUUUUCUAAUUACCACUCGUUGGUUGCAUCACCCACUUUUUGAUUCCCGGAAUAAUUGUAUAGUUUUUCCUGCCAAGAUUCCAUAUCUUGCAUAAAAUCACCCAAUUUGAGGUGGUGGGUUUUCACCCUAUCUAGGGUGCAGUUUUGGGAGUUUUGUCUUAUUCCUUAGAUUUCGAACAUUUGGAGGUUUUUUUUUUUUUCAGUCAGUGUUCCAGGAUGAUACAAAAUAUAUUUUGGAAUUCCUCUAUUGUUGAAUUUUGUA